AUCACAGUCCUUACCUCCAUCAGCAUUAGUCUGAGCCACCACGAGAAGCAUGGAUUCGAAGAAGCCCAACAAGAUCACAGAGGUGGUGAGGCUCCAACAGAUGCUGAAGAAAUGGAAGAAGCUGACAGUUUCUCCCACUGGCAGCAGCUGCAGUAGCAGCCAGAAGAGCAUCAAGUUCCUGAAGAGGAACCUCUCCUUCUCCAGCAGCAGCAACAGCAGCAUACCGAGAGGGUGCCUUGCUGUGUGUGUGGGAGAGGAAAUGCAGAGGUUUGUGAUCCCAACUGAAUAUUUGAGCCACAGGGCGUUUGAGAUUCUGCUGAGGGAAGCAGAGGAUGAGUUUGGGUUUGAGCAGGAAGGUGUGCUGAGAAUUCCAUGUAAAGUAUCUGUGUUUGAGAGCAUAGUGAGGGUUGUGGAGGAGAAUAAGGAAGAGUUUUGCUACUAAUGUGCGAUAGGAAACCUAUGUUCUUGUUUGUGUGGUAUGUGGAUGCAAGGUGAGGGAUGACACUUCUCCCCCCAAAAAUCUAUGUUCUAGUCCUGUGUUUUCUUUCUUUAUUUCUGAUUAUGAGUGGACUUGGAAAAUUGCAAUCUUUCGACAUACUUCUAAUUUAUAAAUCUUUCUUCUCUAUUAUACAAAGAGCACUGCAUGAGCAAUGAAACAACCGAGAAAAUAUUCUGCAAUAGCUACAAAAAU